AUGGAUACUCCGUGCUAUACAACAGUGGCGAUGGAUCUUGGUGUUUGCCAGCUAAGGAAUUUUUCUAUUUCGUUUUUAUCUUCGUUGCUGAGCGCGGAUAGUUCGCCUGUCAGGCUCGACAAUAGGUAAAUAUAGCAGUGUUUCUGAGAAGGACAUUAUGUGCUGCAAGGAGGAUGCCUAGUGUGGUCAGUUAAUAGUCUGUAUGCUGAAAGAAGCGCUGGUUUAUACACUGAGUCAAUCUAUUAUAGAGAACUGUAUAAUUGAAAUACAAGUAUAGCCUAAGGACAUUUAUGCUGAUGCUGCCAUUUUGAUUGGGUUCAGUAAGAGAAAAUGUGACUCGUCGUCAUUAUGCAUUACAAGGUUGGCUUUGCUUACUGUUGGCUCAGGAGAUGCUGUAGCUUAAAUGUACACAUCACCCUUGGUUAAUUUUUACAUUGAUGACAGUGAAAUAACAUGUACGGAUUAUUUGAGAGGAAUAUUGUCUACAGUCUUUUCAAUACACCCUGAACACUUUGCUCUAUAAUGGUCUUUAGCGGAAGUGAAGUCACCUGUAUAAGGAUAUUUAUACUGUAUUUCACUGGGCAUUGAAAUGGCUGGUAUUAGAUCUGCAACAUCGACAGUAUGCCUACCUUUUAAUCAUUCAUUCUUACCGAUGUAGUAUGUUAAGACUUUUUUAUUUUCAUUCUUCCAGCUCGUCAGGAGCCAGUGUGGUGGCCAUAGACAACAAAAUCGAACAGGCUAUGGUAAGUUUAUAUAUUAUAUUAAUUCAACUUUCUUAUCUGCUAUCUAUAAUACAUAAAUCACAUGCAAAUAUAUAUAUAUGUAAGUAUUUCGAAGAAUACAUUCGGAGAAUGAUCAGUUCAGAAGAAAACGUUGCAUCAGUCAGUUAAAUGAAUGGAUUACAUAACCACGUAACCGACCAGAACUGGGAAGUCACGCAAAAUACCGAUUUAUUGCUGAUUCUCUUUCCAAUAUGCCUACUAUUGCAGUUGAAAAAACAUAUCACUCUCGAUUUCCGCGUUACUUUGUAACCAAUUCAGUUUGGCGCUGUUACAUAGAUGAUAGAUCGUGAAUAGCUUGAUGCUCUGGCAACAAUGUAGCAGCAUAUGGUGUUAUGUGCCUUGACGUCAGUUUAAUAUUUCGUUUGCCAAAGUGUGUCUAUGGGGCCUAAACGUUAGCCAGGUAUCUCAUCAUUGAAAGUGGUAUCAAUAUGACAUGCAAUUUACCGUGGUAGCACAAUCGCCUUAUUUAAACUUCUUAUGUAAUGUGUAGUAAGGAUCCAGUUCUGUAAAACACUGUUUCGAUUUCUACCUGAAGCUACCAUUUAUUUGAAUAAACACGUUGACACAGGGAGAUGAGCUUGCGUGCAGACUUUUAUUUUCAGUUCCUCAUGGUUCCAGUGUUUUAUUUUCCCUGGAUCCCUGCCUGCUCAGGACGCUCUCUCCCACGCCAUCCUGUGCUUGCCUUGUCGUUGUUGCUAGGCAAACAGAAAAUCUUCGACACCUGGAUAUAAAUAUCGCGGGCUCCGAUUGGCUAAAGCCUAUAUAUGGGCCGGCCAUUUUGUGUGUUUGGUGACGUUGCGUCCUGGCUUCAGAGGAAGGGGAGGGUUAGACCCUAGGACUAUUUGGCCCAUAAUCUAUAGAAUCUUUGUUUUGAUUUUCACCACAUGCUCAGACUCACUUCUUAUAUUAAAACAGACCACAGAAGCUAGCUACAAUAAUAAACAAUAUGUGUUGUAUUAAAUAGUAAUCGUAAUUCCCACAGAAAGGGCAGUAGUAAUGCUAUGCUUACAUUAUUAUCAUCAUAUCAAGAGUAUGCUAUACUUUUAUGGUAUUUUGAAAAACAGAACACAAACUUAAAAUUGUUUUGAAUGUCAUUAUGGUCAUAAUAUAAUAUAUGCCAUUUAGCAGACACUUUUAUCCAAAGUGAAAGUUGUGUGAAUACAUUUCACGUAUGGGUGGCCCCGGGAAUCAAACCCACAAUCCUGGUGUUUAAAGCACUAUGCUCUACCAACUGAGCCAUACAGGACCAUUUGAAGUAUUUGAGCAAAACACUAAACACUAUCUUUAUCUUCUUUUGUAUGUAUAAUUAUUGUCAUGUUAAACUCAACACUAAUGUCUCUGUGUUCUCUGUUCCUCUCUCUGUCCCUUUAGGACCUGGUGAAGAGCCACCUGAUGUACGCAGUGAGGGAGGAGGUGGAGGUUCUGAAGGAGCAGAUCAAGGAGCUGAUCGAGAGGAACUCUCAGCUUGAGCAGGAGAACAGCCUUCUGAAGACCCUAGCCAGCCCAGAGCAGAUGGCUCAGUUCCAGGCCCAGACCCAGACGGGCUCCCCUCCCACCUCCACACAGCCACCAGCCCAGACCCAGGCACCUGCCCUACCCCCAGCCCAACCCCAGCCAACCUCACACAACUCUGGACCCUCUGCAUAGCAUCACCCUCUACCCCGGGAGAGGGGUGGAUGAACCAACCUAUCAACCAACCAGGGUCUGACUGAGUGUCCUCAGACAGAUUCUGUUCUAACACUGCAGAACAACCAGGCCUCCACUGCAGGAGGCUAUGCUGUUAAGACAAGAAUCUGCACAUAUUUAACUCUGGGAGCGGCGGCGGGUGGUGUUGUCGUUUCAAGGCGCUUUAAAACACACUAUCAAAGACAAUCUGCCUAGGAGAGGAGGGAUGGGGGCUGUUAUAGGAGAAUGAACAUUGCCCAAAAAUACAUGGAAGAAAAACAUAAACAAAAAAAGUGAACGUGACUCAAAGAAUCACUGUGCCUGUGUCAAUGGAUUUCAAGUGAUGUUGACUUCAGUGGUAACAAUGAUGGAGGGAGAUAGUAAUGGGAGUCACCAUGCUUAGCUGAAUCCUGAUAAUGUAAAUAAAUACAGCGGUUCUCUUCUGCCUGCGCGAUACAGAGAGGGACAGACCGAGAAUAGAGCAUCUCAUGGUGACAACUUGAAUAAUCUGUGAGGAUUUAUCAUCGUGUGAUCGUCCCCAUCUGGCAUGGGGCGAGAGGAGAGGAGGUCUAGAGGGAGAACACAACACUUCCGUUGACGUCAUCAUUUUAACUGUGAAGUUGAAGGUAGUAGUAGCCUGCAUUUGCUUAUUAAAGGAGGGAUGAUGAUGAUGAGGGUUUUCCCCCUGUAUUUAAGUUUUAGCCCCUCAGCCCUGUACCCUGUUAUCUUGGCGGCUUCUCUUCUCAUGUAAAGAUGCUGUGGGGUAGAGAUGUUGGGCUAAGCUGCAUUUUCAAAGAGGAGUUGAUGGUCUUUCUACAUGAUGUAUAUCUCUAGUAUAUUUAGUGUAAGUACUGUGUAAUAUAGUGAAAUAAGGAGCGAAGACCAGAUGCUAUUUAGGUGAAGUACAAAUGAAGAGGGAGCUAGUAAUGGGCUGGCCUGAAGAUUUGUGCCGUCUCUUUUUAAUGCUGUAAUUCAGGAGUAUGGAGAGCUGUGGAGGUUAUUUAACUGACAGACAAACAGACAACUGUAUCCAUAUCCUGGGCUACAACAUUAACGCCUACUGUAAACCAUCGUUCACUUGAAAUUAUUUGAAGUAUUGCACCCCUCGUGAAUUUUUUUUUCUCCAUUUCUCAUUUUUUGACAGUGAAGUACUUCACGAUCAACUCUCUAACUUAACAAACACCGUACUCUAAAUAUCAUAAAGAAAAACAAAUUGAUUUUUUGCAUUCUAUGUAUAAGUUGUAUGCUCAUGUUCUGUGCAUGUUUCCUCAAACCAGAUGAGGUAUUGUAAACAUACAUAACACAAUUGCACUUGACAGUUGCGCUUCACAAAUUUCAAUAAAAAUGAUAAAGGAAUCAGAAUCCUCUUGUUCAUGUC